CGCACUCCCCCUCCCAUUAAAGCUCUCUUGUUGUUGUCGUCGUUGUCGCUUCUCACGCACACAUUCACCGCGCAUUGACGCGAUUGACAAAUCUUUAACAUCUUUGAAACAAGAAAAGAGAGACCCUUCGACGCAAAACGUGGGGUUCUUCUCUCCCUCUCUUCCCUUCUUUCCUGCGCCGGAGUAGGGUUUGGCUUCGCCUCUUCUUGUUCUUGUUCCUGUUCUUCGUCGGAUCCGCCGGGAGAACCCCACUUCCGACGACCCGCGACCCAUUUUCGGGAGCCUUUCUGGGUACUGAUUUUUUCGGCGAGUUGGGUCGAUCGGGUUUUAGUGCUUCGACUUUCUUGGGUUGGGUCGUUGGCGAGGGGGAAACGAGAGAGAUUGAAACCCGGUUGAGGUCGCUCCUGCGCGUUUUAGUUUCGCUGUGGUUCAAAAUUUUGCGGUUGGCGUCCAGAUCGGUUCUGCCGCACUUCCAAAGAAGUUGGUUCUGCAGUCCGCUGUCUUUUGGUUGUUUUCAGCCUUUGAGUUUUGUAAUGGCCGGUGAAUUCUCAGUGACCCUUCCCAAUGGCAACUGCAAUGGAACUCCACCUGAUCCACAAAGGACUUAUCAAGUUGUUGUGGCUGCAACUCGAGAUAUGGGCAUUGGCAAGGAUGGAAAACUUCCCUGGAGGCUUCCCUCUGAUCUCAAAUAUUUUAAGAGCAUUACUCGUACAACAAUCGAUCCUGGGAAAAAGAAUGCAGUCAUAAUGGGUAGAAAAACAUGGGAAAGUAUUCCUACCGAGCAUAGGCCUCUACCUGGCCGCCUCAAUGUUGUUCUCACUCGUUCGGGGAGCUUCGAUAUUGCAACUGCGGAGAAUGUCAUCAUAUGUGGAAGCAUGUGUUCUGCCUUGGAUUUAUUGGCUUCAUCUCCUUAUUGUCUAUCAAUUGAGAAAGUUUUUGUCAUUGGCGGUGGCCAGAUAUUUAGGGAAGCUCUCAAUGCUCCCGCAUGUGAUGCCAUCCACAUAACUGAAAUUGAGACACCAGUUGAAUGUGACACUUUUAUGCCCAUGGUUGAUACAUCUGUCUUUCACCCAUGGUACUCGUCUUUUCCCGCUGUUGAAAACAACAUCCGAUAUUGUUUUACUACUUAUGUCCGUGUAAGAUGUUCUGCGUUGGAGUCUCUGCCUCAGACAGAUGCUCUGAUCUUCAAUGGUAAGGCAGAUUCUGUUAAGUUUGAGGCCAAGAAUUUUACCUUUCUGCCCAACAUGAUUUUUGAGAGACAUGAAGAGUACCUGUAUCUGAGAUUAGUCGAAGAUAUACUGUUAAAUGGCACUCCAAAGGAUGACAGGACUGGAACUGGUACCAUAUCAAAGUUUGGAUGUCAGAUGCGGUUUAAUCUGCGCAAAAACUUCCCUCUUUUGACAACUAAGAAAGUAUUUUGGCGUGGAGUUGUUGAAGAACUUUUGUGGUUCAUAAGUGGUUCUACAAAUGCCAAGAUUCUUCAGGAAAAAGGCAUUCAUAUAUGGGAUGGCAAUGCAUCUAGGGACUACCUUGAUAGACUUGGUCUGAAAGAUCGAGAAGAAGGUGACUUGGGACCAGUUUAUGGCUUUCAGUGGCGGCAUUUUGGUGCUAGGUAUAGUAAUAUGCAUGCUGACUAUACUGGUGAAGGAUUUGAUCAGUUGUUGGAUGUUAUUUACAAGAUCAAGAGUAAUCCAGACGAUCGUCGAAUUAUACUCUCUGCUUGGAAUCCUUCUGAUUUAAAAUUGAUGGCACUUCCACCUUGCCACAUGUUUGCGCAGUUCUAUGUUGCAAAUGGGGAAUUAUCGUGUCAAAUGUAUCAGCGCUCUGCUGACAUGGGAUUGGGAGUGCCAUUCAACAUUGCUUCUUAUGCUCUCCUUACAUGCAUGAUUGCUCAUGUUUGUGAUCUUUCUCCUGGUGAUUUUGUCCAUGUUAUUGGGGAUGCUCAUGCAUAUCGUAACCAUGUUAGACCUCUGCAUGAACAACUUCAGAAAGCACCCAAGCCCUUUCCAAUUUUAAAGAUAAACCCAGAGAGGAAGGAUAUAGACUCUUUUGUGGCAGCUGAUAUCAAACUUAUCGGAUAUGACCCUCAUGAUAAACUGGAAAUGAAAAUGGCGGUUUAGAGUUGAAGAUUUGGUGACAUGGAUUGAUGAUGGACUUCCUUGUCAGUUUUAUAUAUAGGAGGUCAUCGAAGAUUACAUGUUUCUGUCCUACACAGGGAAUUCUUGACUGGAUGUACCUAAUGCUUGGCAAUUUAGGAAGCGAUAAUCCUUUAGCCCCCCCAGAAUCAUGGCGGUUCUAAGGUGAUUUAGGAUGUUCAUAUAUCUUGCUAUCUCGUGAAAUUUGGUCUUGGAUGCAUAGCUCUUGCUCCCUGGCAGACAGAUAAACCUUUGAAGUUGUAUGGUUUUCCUGAGACUGUUUAGCAGAUCUGGAAACUGAGUUGCUA